AUGAAGACCAUCCUUGCUGCAUACUCCGGCGUGCUUAAAGGUAAGCAAGGCACAGGCACCAGCCUCCUUUCGUCCCUGCAGGACCUGCCCUUGGCUUUCUGGCCCCGCGGAUCCAAGCUGGAGAGACAUCUCCAGGCCAUCUCCGUGCUGCAGUGGGUCGUCACUUUCUUAGCCAUGGGGGCAGUUUGCACUGUGCUGCUAAUCUACAUGUUCUGCACUGAUUGUUGGCUUAUCGCUGCCCUUUACACCGCCUGGCUCAUUGUUGACUGGAACACCCCAAAACAAGGUGGCAGGAGAUCAUCAUGGGUAAGAAGUUGGACAGUGUGGACAUACUUUCGAGACUACUUUCCAAUAAGGCUAAUUAAAACCCACAACUUGCCGCCCAACCGGAACUAUAUAUUUGGCUACCAUCCCCAUGGCAUCUUAUGUUUUGGGGCUUUCUGCAACUUUGGCACAGAAGCCACAGGCUUCUCCAAGAAAUUUCCAGGCAUCAAGCCUUCCCUGGCAACCUUGGCAGGGAACUUUCGGAUGCCUGUCCUACGAGACUACCUGAUGUCUGGAGGUAUUUGUCCUGUGAACAAGAACUCCAUUGACUACCUACUGACCUGCAACGGUACAGGAAACGCUGUGAUCAUUGUUGUGGGAGGUGCAGCGGAGUCGUUACACUGUGCACCAGGCAUGAACUCUGUCAUUCUGAAGAACCGUAAAGGCUUUGUGAAAAUGGCACUACAGAAAGGCUCUGACUUGGUUCCAGUGUAUUCUUUUGGGGAAAAUGAUGCCUACAAGCAAGUGAUCCUCGAGGAGGGCUCUUACUGGAGAACUCUCCAGAAAAAAUUACAGAAGUUGUUUGGCUUUGCGCCGUGCCUUUUCCAUGGAUGUGGCCUCUUCUUUGGCAAUUCCUGGGGCAUUGUGCCAUACGCUAAACCGAUCACCACCAUAGUUGGGGAGCCAAUCACAGUGCCAAAAAUAGAAGACCCGUCUGAUAAAAUGGUGGAUCUCUAUCAUGCAAUGUAUGUCAAGUCCCUCCAGUGCCUGUUUGACAAGUACAAGACGCGUUUUGGCUUGAAGGAGAGUGACAUGCUGUACAUAGAGUGA